AUGGAGGGCUGCUGUGGAGGGCCGAUGUGGAGGGCUGCUGUGGAGGGCAAGCUGCAGCAGCACGUGGUGAAGUGCACUGUGUGCAACGAGGCCACGCCCAUCAAAAACCCCCCGACUGGGAAGAAGUAUGUACGCUGUCCCUGUAACUGUCUCCUCAUCUGCAAAGACUCAUCUAGGAGGAUAGGAUGCCCCAGACCCAACUGCAGACGCAUCAUCAACCUGAGCCCGGUGAUGGUGAUUCCAGAGGAGCAGCCGGCCCAGCCAGCCCUGCCAGUCCAGCCUGAGGGCACGAGGGUGGUCUGUGGCCACUGUGGAAACACCUUCCUCUGGAUGGAGCUCCGAUUUAACACGCUAGCAAAAUGCCCUCACUGCAAAAAAAUAUCGUCUGUGGGUAGUGCUCUUCCAAGGAGGCGUUGUUGUGCCUACAUCACUGUGGGAAUGAUCUGCAUCUUUGUCGGAGUGGGAUUAACAGUGGGGACUCAGGACUUUGCCAGUCGUUACCAUGCCACCUAUGUGUCCUGGGCGUUCUCCUACCUCCUGGGUCUGAUCUGUCUGAUACGAGCUUGUUACUGGGGCGCCAUUAAAGUCAGCUAUCCAGAGAACAGCUUUUCCUAGACAGACAGACAGACAGACAGACAGACAGACAGACAGACAGACAGACAGACAGACAGACAGACAGAGAGACAGACAGACAGACAGACAGACAGACAGACAGACAGACAGACAGACAGACAGACAGACAGACAGACAGACAGACAGACCGUUGUACUGUGUUUCUACCUUUUUAGUUGUUUAUGUUUUUAUUAUUCAGAUUCAAUUUGUAAGUCGCUCUGGAUAAGAGCGUCUGCUAAAUGACUUAAAUGUAA